UAGCGAAAGCGAAUUAUGAAGGGUUUAGCGUUGAUUGUCUUGAGUGCUGUGAUCUUGGCCUGUGGCCAGGCGAGGAUCCUCCAACAGGAGAAGGAUCUGUCAUGGGAAUUGCCUCUUCCCGUUCCCCUAAAUGGAGACAUCGAAGGUAGAGCCGCUGGAUGUUCUAUCAAGAUCCGUGGGUCCGAGCUGAAGGAUCCUCAGCCCCUGCUUAUAAAGCCGGGUACCUCCGAUUUCUUUGGCUAUUCUGACACCGGCGUUGUCGAUGUAGAAAAGGACAAGACUAUUGAGUUCCACUGCACCAGCAGCCUGGCCUCUCCCCUGUCCGGCAAGUCGGUGACGGCCAAGUGCGUGGAGGGAACCACCUUCAGGAUCGGCGAUAAGGACCACGAUGUGUCCGACAUCAAGUGCAGCUCCUGGCCAGCUUUUGUGGGCAAGAAGUCGGGAUCCAGCUGCAAUGGAGGCACCACUCUCAUCCGCGUGGGCUUCGAGUUGGACGGCGGCCGUUUCGCCACGGAGUACGAGGUGUGCUUCAACGAAGACGAGGAGGUCACCCGCUAUGUCUACCACACUCUGGCACCCGGAAACAACUACUACGCCACGGGCGUGGAUCGCAUCACCUUCGGCGCUGGCGGCUACUUUGCCGGCAAGAACGUGGACAAGCUCUACACCCAGGUCACGCAGAAGGAAACCAUCGACAAGGAACUGGACAUGGAUUCGGCCCGCUACUUUGAUUCGGCCAAGAAUGUGUUCUUGGCCCGUGGUCACAUGGGUGCCAAGGCCGAUUUUGUCUAUGCUCCCGAGCAGCGUGCCACAUUCCUGUUCAUCAAUGCCGCUCCCCAGUGGCAGACCUUCAAUGCCGGCAACUGGGCUCGCGUUGAGGACGGCGUCCGCGCCUGGGUGUCCAAGGAGAAGAAGCAUGUGGAGUGCUGGACCGGUGUCUGGGGUGUCACCACUCUGCCCAACAAGGAUGGCAAGCAGACCGGCCUGUACUUGGCCCACGAUAACAACGGCAAUGGUCUGAUUCCCGUGCCCAAGCUGUACUUCCGCGUGGUCAUCGAGCCCUCGACCAAGAAGGGCAUUGUCCUGGUCGGCGUCAACAAUCCCCAUCUGAGUCUGGACGAGAUCAAGCGCGACUACAUUCUGUGCGAGGAUGUCAGUGACAGGAUCAGCUGGCUCAGCUGGAAGAAGACUGACAUCUCUGCCGGUUAUUCCUAUGCCUGCGACGUCGCCGAGUUCCGCAAGAAGGUCGAUCAUUUGCCACAGUUCGCUGUGAGUGGCUUGCUGGUGUAAUUAAAUCAUUCUCCCUGUCCUCCUAUGAUUUGUCAAAGCAGUCUAUUAAAUACGUCAAAACUUGUCAUGAACAAUCGAAA